AUGAGUGAAGAUCGUGUUUCUUUUGAAUUUCCCGAUAGCGGUCACGUAAAGCCGAAACUUUCGCCAUCAGAUCUUGACUUAUUGGAGGGCAAGCAGAGAGUCGGAAGCUCUCCCGAAUCGACUAGAGUAAAUGACCGAUCUUUUCGGGUGCGGCGUGAUGUGGCAAUCCGUUUGUAUGCUUCACUUCUGGCGUUGUUCACAUUUGGCCUAACAAGUCUCGUUCUACAUGGCCUUACCGUUGCUUCACGACUCUAUCUUCAAGCCAUUGCCGGGACAUCAAUCCUAGUGGUUUUGUGGACUAUGCUUCGAUGGACAAGGCUGCACUCAAUGAAACUAUCGCGAAAGAUUCGACCGAUACUUGAUAUUGCUCAAGUUCUACGUACGAAUACACUGUUUCGUGGAGAUGGAUCAACCGUUCUUUGCCCCGAAAUUUAUCGAGCCUACGAUCUCUGCUGCGAAGAUCCGACCAUCAACGAGUCGAUCCCGAGAACUAUUGAUAGUGACGGUAGCCCGCCAGCAUCUCCAACCGGGAGUAGAAAGAAGAAA